GUGCUAUUAUUUAUGAAAAUUCGCAUAAUCGAUCUUAUUUGUAUUGUAACUAUAAGUUAAAAAAUAAAAAACAGAAAAGAAUGUACUCUGAAUACAUACCUCAGUUAACAUAAAAAAAGUUAUGAAUAAUCAGUUUAAAUAAUCACGUUUAUCAACAAAAUACAGUCAUAAUACCAAUUGCAACAAAAAUAUAUAAAAAUGUCGUCAACAUUAAAAACGUUUGAAAUAAAAUUAGGUAAUCCAACUGCAGCGUAUGGAUCAGGAGCGAUAAUUACUGGUCAAGUGAUAAUUGAUCUCAUUACAGCAAAAAGUAUGCGAGCGCUUAAAUUAAGAUUCAAAGGAAGAUGUAAAAUAUAUUGGGAAGUUAGAUCUGGGAAUGGCAAAACUGUACAAACUACUCGUUUUCGAGGAGAAGAAGAAUAUUUUCAUAGUGAUCUUUGUCUUUUUGGAAGUACAGGCGGUGAUACGAUCGAAAUGUUAGCUGGCCAUCACGUUUUUCCUUUUAACUAUGCACUCCCACGAAAUAUUCCAAACAGUUACAAGCAUAGUAUUGGUUCUGUCGAAUAUUCUAUCAAAGCAAUAAUAGACAGACCAUGGAAAUUUGAUCAUGAAACCACAAAAGCUUUUACUGUAGAAACACCAUUUGAAUUGAAUCCAGAAUCUCGCUCGUUGAUUGGGAUUAAUGAUGAAGUGAAAGAGGAUUAUUGUUGUAUUAUACCAUGUAUUAGUCGAGGAAGCUUGCUUUAUAAUUUUCGAUUGCCAACAAUUGGCUACACUCGUGGUGACGUCAUUCAAUUGACAGUUAAUAUUACCAGUCAGUCAGAUUCUGUUGGAGUUAAUAAGGUCAUAGCAAAACUAUUACAAAGAUUAGAUUUCCAUGCAUCAUCAAAAACGAAUUCAGAAACAAAUGUGAUAGAACAAAAUAGUUACUCUGGUCCGUUUGCUAAACAAUGUAGUGUGAAAAUUGGUCUGCGAGUACCGUCCAUUCCUUCAUCAAAACUUCAAUAUUGUAAUCUUAUAGACAUUAGUUAUGCAAUUCAUAUUGAAAUACAGGUUUCUAGAUUUCACUGCAAUACUCAAAAAUACUAUGAUAUUUUAAUUGGAACAAAACCUGCAGUAAUGAUGACGACACAACAAGUUGAUAAUCCCGUUUCUCAUUUCGAAACAUCACCAACUGUACCAAUUGAGUAUUCUCCAUUGGCCGAUCCUACAUCGGCAUUUCUAAAUCCAGAUAUUUCAUACCCAAUGCCUUCUCCUAUUGGACUGCAAAAUGAAGAAACUUCUGCACUGUAUCCUCAGUUUUCUACGCCUUAUUCAAUUGAAUCUGGUCCAAGUCAAUAUUCACGAGCAGCUGCUCCAUAUCUUCAUCAAUUAGGUAGAGGAUUUACACAUCAAUCCACGCCCAUUUUUCAGCCUCCCCAAAAUAUGGAAUUUACACCAUCAAAUCAUAUGUCGCCAUUUAAUUAUCCGCCAGAGCAACUUCCUCCUUCUUAUGAUUCUGUAAUUGCUAGUGAUCAUAAACAAUAAAAAUAAUUAUAACUUUUUUUUUUUAAAUAUUCUACGCAAUCUUGGCUAAAAUAUAUUUACUUUGUUAUUGCUGUUGAAGAAAAUUAUAAAAAUAUUUCUUGUAAAACUUUUAUUGAAAUAUGACUCUGAUAUUAUUAUUGUUGUAUGGAUAUGUGAUGAGACACCACUUUCUUGAAGUACUAAAUAUAAUUGUGAUAUGAAUUGUGAUGAGUUUCUAUGUAAUUAACAUGUAUU